AUGUCAAGUUCUCCUAGUGGUGAAUAUCUUUAUGGGCAGUUGAGGCGAAACUUUUCAGCCUUGGCUACUGAUAAACCUUAUCUGACUUUCACUCUAAGAAAUGGUACGGAAAUAUAUACGGUAGAGCAACGUCAUAUUAAGGUAACGAGAUUGAACAAGGCCAGUCAAUCGACUCGGAAACUUGAUCUACUACUUGAAUUUGAUCCAGAGUCACUCUGUGUCAACAGAAAUGAACAAUUGAUGUGUCUUUAUGACAGAAAGCAUUGUCAUGUGAUCUCUCUCAAUGGUCCUAAUUCUUCGAUCUGUUUCACCACUGUUUACAAACUUAAACUGGACCUGAAAUCAGAAGAGUCGGUUGUGCAGGCUGUCUUCAACAAUGUUUCCAAAUAUCAAUCUGAGUUGGUUCUAUUGACGAGUACAAAGCUCGUCUGCUACGACAUCAAUGAGUCUUUAGACAAACCGGUUCAAGCUUUACCCUUUUCCGAGUCUGGCUUUGGCUCUGGCUCUGGCUCUGUAGACGAUUUCAACAACAGUUUUGUGUACAACUCGUUCAGUUCGCAGGAGAUGCUCUUGGACCCGGUUUCUGUGUGUUUUGCAUCUGAUGACAUCUCAAACAAUGAAGCCUCUGUCUCACCUAUCUCGGAUUUGACUUUAUGCAUUCUCACGUCCGAUUUCUCCAUCUAUAGGAUCUUUCCCUUCUUUCCUCGGCAUCUUUCCGUGUCAAAAAUAUGGCUUUCUAGCUUGUUUGAUACCACUAGUGUUCUUUUCAGUUCUUUGAAAUCGAUUGAAUCACAAACAAAGUUCAUGGGAACAAUGAAACUGGCGGCAAGACUCUCAAAAACAUCCGGUGAUAUCUAUGUGAAAGAUUUGCUCCCAAAGUCUCUCUCUUGCGGAAAGUUGCUUGGUCCUUUGCCUAUUUCUCCAUUUUUUGAUGAUCUAUAUUCUAUGAACGCUCUUCGUUUGAUAUCAUUACCGUACGGUGUUAUCUGCGUUGUGGCGGACCGUGCAGUAGUGGCGUUAGUCUAUGAGCAUACAGGAACUGCUAUUUUCGCUGAUGAACGUAUUGAAUGUGAAGAUAAGUUCACCCUAGUUGACUCGGUUCAAUUUGAUGGUAAUCACACUAUCUGCAGUGGCUUUGCUAUACCUCCUAAUGGUUAUUCUCUUGGUUUGGUGACUUCGGAACCAAAAUUGGUGCUUGUGGACUACUCUACGUGGAUGAAGCCGCUUCGAAAAGCGAUCGAAUCGGGCGAUAUCAAGCUAUUUGCUUCUAAAUUUGCAUCAAUGGAGAUGCUUCCUACCGAGGUGAAGUCUUUGGGUAAUAUAGGAAUACCCGGUCUCUUCACAGAAAAACGGCAGAGGCGGAAUAAUGUUCUAACGUGCUCAUUAAAUAACAGAAUAUGGCUUGCCUGGAAUGAGAUUUCUACGUUUGCACUUGCAUUAAGCGAUCAGAGCGGUAUUAAUAUGAGCAUUAUUCCGCUAGUGGACGAAUCUGAUGAUGAGAGUUGCAUAAAAUCUUUAUCAAGAGGCUUUGCAACCUUUGCUGAUACUACUGAGAAAGAAUACUAUCCGAAGAUUUCAGGGAGUUUCAUGAGUGAGGUAGAGCCACAAUUAACCAUAACAAGACAAAAGAUCAUUGAAUUGAAGAGAAGAUUGUCUCAAGAGGAAAGUAGUAGGUUGUUGGAUAUGGAGUCUGUUGAAGAUUUGAGUGUUUUGGAAAGGGUGGGUCAAACGGUAUCAAUGGGAGUGAUCUCGAUAUUUGGAGAUAUAGCUACUAUUAGUAGGAGGUUGAUACAAGAAAAAAGUGAAUUGAAGAAUCAAAUCAGUACAUUAGAUGAAGUUAGACGGAAAGAGAAGAAGAUGAUUCCUAGAUUUGAAACUCAAAUGGAUAGGAUUGAGAAGGCAGAAGCUAAACAGCAAAAGCUACGGCAAAGGAUCGACAGAUUGUACGAGCAAUGCCAAAAUAUUGUAGCAGAGAAAUCACAAAUCAAGGAGCAAGAUUUGUCAAGAGAAGAGGUAGCAUACGUUGAAUUCUUGAAUUCUAUUCGUCAGUUCGUAACGGAAAGACAGGAGGAGUACAAGAAGACAGCGAACUUUGUACGCAUGGUAAAGGAAUCGGACAGUAAGCCAAUAAUCGAGAAGAGAUUACAAUUGGAGAGGGAUGAAUCGGUGAAGAACUUAAUUAGGACAUUGGAAAAGAAGCUCCAAUCACGCGAUAAGUUGGUAGACAUGCUCAGUGAUGAGCUAUCGAAGGUUAAAGUGUGA